AUGGGUGGCAUCCCCUGGCAUUCAAAAGGCUGCCAGACCUGCCGAAAGCGCAAAGUGAAGUGCGAUGAGCAAGAGCCAGAAUGCGCGCGAUGCAUCAAACGUGGCGUCAAGUGUCCUGGAUACGAGAAGACCCGCAUCUUCAUCCAUCAUCCGUUAGCAAGACGAGAAAAGGCCAAGGUUUCGAUCCCGAUCACUCAGUCUCAACAUCAGGCUCAGUUUCAGGCUCAGUAUCCGGCUCAAUACCAAGACCCUGUCCAGGCUUUGGUGAUGCCCAGCAACGUGACCGCUGGACCAGUGGCGCGCGAACAGGUCUUUUCGUCAUUUACCAACGUCUUUUUCAGCCACACGGAAGAGAUAUCAUCGCUGAAUCUUUGGCAAUACCUGAUUUACAACUUUGUGACUCUGCCAAAUAAAUCAAACAUGCUCGAACGAGCCAUUUCGGCGGUAUCUUGUCUUUACAUGGGCAAGAUGAAUAAUGAUGAUCACCUGUACAACUAUGGCCUCGACUUGUACGGCACUGCGAUCCGAAGUGUGAAGAACAAUAUCUAUCGAAACGCUUGGAACGCGGAAAUCGUGUAUACUGCCGUCAUUUUCCAGGAAUUGGAGGGUUAUUGCUGUGCCUUCGACCUCCGCGCAUGGCUGGCUCAUACCCAGGGAACAAGCACAAUCUUGCGAUAUUACCGUGAUAUUCUGCCCAGAAAUCCCCUGCUUGACGCUAUCUACAACCAACACCAAAAAAUGCGACUGAUUAUUGCGACUGCUGGAGUCAACAUCUCCGACGAUGAAUACCGCUAUUUGAAAUACUCGAGUGAUGGUAUUUCCACUCCGCUCUCCGAAAUACUGGCAGUCUACGCAGAAUUUGGACCGAUUUCUGCCGCCAUCAAUUCGAUUUCUUCAACUGACCACGAGGCGUGCCAGGCUUUACUCCAGAGCUGUCUGAAACAGAAGAAAAGAAUAGAAGCGUGGUAUUCCCAGUACGGUUAUGCCAGAUGCCUCUUCCACCGACGAACUGCCCCCUCCGGGGCUCUGUUCGGCACAGCUUAUCGUUUCUCUUCGCUCGAUAACGCCAGAAUGCACCACUGGUACUGGAACGCGCUGGCUACUAUUCAGCCGAUGAUCUUUCAUGCCCGAUCCCUCGUGCGGUCCUAUCCCCUCACUCCUCAGAGCGAUCCCGGGAAGAAGCCAAGUGACGACGAAGAUUAUCAACUCUCGGAGUUCUAUGCCGAUGAGAUCUGUCGAACUAUUCCGUACUAUGCGUAUGAUACCAAGACCCUAUCAGGAAUUCGCAUGUUGAUGUUCCCCAUGAGCGGAGCCAUCAAGGUCUAUAUCGGCCUCGGACACCGGGAAAAAUACCUCUGGUGCCAAGAGGCCCUUCGCCUUAUUUCCAAUCGGGGCCUAAGCUCUUCUCGUCGACUCAGUGAAUUGUUCUGGGACAGCUGGAAUCACAGAACCAACGAGUUCUUCCCAGUUCCCUGUCGAUCUCUACGAGAUGAAAUGUUGUCAUUCGAACUGUCGGAGCACGAAGAGAAGGUAUUCGACGUGGGAGAGAUCCUUGAGGGGUCGAAGUCCAAUGAAGUAUUAAAGGCCAAAGAGGAGCCAAAGUCCAACGAGGGGCCCACGUCCAACAAGGAGCCCAAGUCCAACGAGAAACCUGAGUCCAAUGAGGAACCGAAGGUCCAGGUAGAGUCUGAGGUCCAAGUAGGCAUCACAGCCUAA